AUGAGCGAUCUAUUCGAUGUUGACGGUUCCAAUCUCGAUCUGGGGUUCGAGAACCUGAAGGCCGCCGAAAGCCCGGUUGAGCAGCAGCUUCGCGUCACUCUGCAAGAGAUGUGGACCCACUACGAGCCCUAUGCCGAUCCAGACUUCCGCCAGGGAUUCGCACGUGACGUGGAUGGACGCUUCUGGGAGAUGUAUCUGGGUUGCACACUUCUUGAGGCGGGGCGCAUAUUGUUGCCCGUCGCCGACCGUCAGCGCAAAGGCGGCCAGCCCGACCUAUGCGUGCUUGAAGAGAAUCGCCGUAUCUGGAUCGAAGCUAUAGCUCCAGACGGAGGCGCUGCGGGACCAGAACGGAUUGUGCCUCCUGUGCCGAUCAAUGAGGGCGGUGGCCUUAUUGCUGCGCCGAUCCGUCAAGCGCAACUUCGGACCUCCGGGGCAUUCUGGACCAAAGCAAGGAAGAUCAGCCGCUAUAUCGAACAGGGCGUGAUCGCCCCGGAAGACGCUCGCAUCGUCGCGAUCAGCGCCAGCCGCUUCGGCAUCUAUGUCCCCGAACAUCCCUUACCACUCAUCAUGACGACGCUGUUCCCCAUCGGCGAUGCUUUUCUCACUAUCGAUCGCGAUACAGGCGAUGUCAUCGAAGAAGGCUUUCACGUCUCUCCCUUGAUCCACCGAGAACGGAAUCCGAUCCCGCGCUCGGCAUUUCUUGACGAGCGCUUCGCAGAUAUCUCUGGCGUGAUCUGGUCACGGGUUGGACUUGGCAACCUCUCGCGUCAGGUUCGGCCAAUUACCUAUGUUCACAAUCCCCUGGCACAGGCACCAUUGACCGUGAAUUGGGGCGUCUGGGACCGUGAGUUCGUGACCAUCCGCCAGAUCGACAACUGGGAGUCCACCGACAUCCUUGCCGCAACGGAGUCGUUG